UACAGUGCAAACUUGGAGACGGGAAGCAUCCACUGGCAAGUCGGACUGAUCUUGUGCCGUUACUUUUGCCCGCACAACCGUCACUCGUAAGAAGCAUUCUACAACACAAUAGUAAAUUAGUUGAGUGUUCAAAGUGACAAUGUCCAAGCUGGAAGAGGUGAAAAAAGAGAUAGCCAAAUACGAUUACGUCCGACUGUCCCUGUGCGACCUAAACGGCACGUAUCGCGGCCAACUGGUAGCGGGACAUCAUGCAGCGAGUUACCUGGAAGACGGGCUAAAUUUGUUUGAAGGGGUCCUGUUAGCUGGUCCGAGAACAGAAAAAGUUUUCAUUGAUCAUCCGAAGAACCACAACUUUGGCAGCAUGUUGAGCUAUCCCGACCUUGACACGCUGCGGCCGGUCCCUUGGGUUGCCGGUGGGGUCAAGGUCGCUGAAAUGUUGUGCGAGUCUCGAUGGAAGAAAGGGGGUGUUCCCCAGGAAGCGUGUCCACGAUACGUUGCUCGGAGACAACUGAAGAGGUUAGACGAUCUUGGAUACAAAUUGUAUUCGGGAUAUGAAAUUGAAUUCAAAAUGAUGCAUAGGGAGACCAUGGAACCCGUUUUUUACGGCCAAGACGCAUACAGCCAGAGGCUACUAAACAAGCAGUGCAGCACUUUACUUCACUUUGACAAAAACUUCAGAGGAUCUAACAUCGAUGUAGAACGGUACCACCCCGAGUUUGGAUCUGGGCUGUUCGAAGCCGUGACCAAACCCAAAUAUGGCAUAGAGUGCCCGGACAUGGUCUUAAACUUGAAGCAGGGUCUCAUGGAGAUGUCGGAUAUGAGAGAUGUCAUUAUCACCUUCAUGUCGAAACCGGAACUCGACAACAAACCAACAGGAAUUGGUGCCCAUUUUAAUUUUUCACUCUGGAACCAAUCUGGAGACAGCCUUUUCUAUGAUGCUAGCGCCCCUGAUAAGCUAUCUGUUAUUGCCAAGCAGUGGAUUGCUGGCAUCAUAAAGCACAGUAGAGCUCUGUGCGCUUUUACCAGCCCUACUGUCAACUGCUACAGGCGACUUCAUCAGCCAUUUUUCCCUUCAGCUAUUUACUGGGAUAUAGAAAAUCGUGAAUCAUGCUUCCGAAUAAAAAAUGACGGUCCUUCGGCUACAUACAUCGAGAACAGACUGCCCAGCGGAAAGAGCAACCCUUACCUCGUUGUGGCGUCUACCAUCGCCGCUGGACUUGAUGGGGUCAUCAACAAACUGGAGUGUCCACCUCCGGGGAAGACAGAGAACGCCCAGACCCUCCCCCACUCCCUGUCGGAAGCUCUGGAAGAAUUGGAACAGGAUGAGGCAUUGGUGGAUGCCCUUGGCAGCGAACUUGUCACGUGGUUCGUCAAAUGCAAGAGAGAUGGGGAGAUUGCCAAGUAUAAAGACUUGAAGACAGACGAGGAACGAUUUGCUUUAGAGAAAGAGGUCUAUUUUCUGUGACGUAAAAAUGAUGUCAUAUUGAUAUGACUGUUUCUCGUUCGAAAAUGGAAAUACUACACAUUGUUUAUUCUACAGCAGUUUUACUUUCAGAAAAUAGCGAUAGUUUAGUAAAUACAGAUUACUUCUUCUAUAUUCACACCAAUCUCAUUAAAAUCAGAUCUUAGUUCUCGCUAUCGGUAAACAAAGAUCUGAGGACAUCCCAUUACGGGUCACGUCAGGACGACCUUUCAUCCGACCAAUCAAAGCGUCGCUUACAAGAUCAUGAAAGUGACAGUCGGAAUGUGUUUUCUGAUCAUGCAACCUCAAAAAUGUUAACACGGGGUAUUGAGAACGACAGUUACGGCCCGUACGCCUGAUUCCGUCAACAUUGUCGCCUAUCUCUCGCUUCCGUGGGAUAAACAUUUGAACGGGGGAGGCGUUGCACAGUACAUGGGAAGCACUGCCAUACAAUCGCAACCACACAUUAGACAUUCCGGAUUGUUCUUUUGUUCAGUUUUCAAAACUUUAAUCGAGAACUGUGUCAACAUUAUUUUUUCAAGCGUAGUCUGAAAUGGAAGUCGCCAGGUUGAAACGAGUGUCGUUAAGCUCAAAAAGCUGCUUUCUCAUUGGCUGAUAUCGACUUCUUGUUAUUCGGUUCAGUGGUCGGUCAAAGUUCGCGAAAGGUCGUUCUGACGAGACCCGUAACGGGAUGUCUUCAGAUCUUUGUUUAGCGGCAGCGAGAACUUAGAUCUGAUUUUAAUGAGAUUGGCUCUCUGACUUGGUUGAUCCAUGCCAUGGAUCCCAAUUGCGUGGAUCGAUGGUCAUGAUGUCAAUCACUGGAUUGUCUGGUCCAGACUCGAUUAUUUACGAACAUAUAUUCAAAUGUAUAUCAGCUUAAUUUGACACAACCACCAUAUUAUGGGAAUUCAUUCAUUACAUUUUUGCUUCAAAUACCUUGUAUGAAAUUCGGAAUGGUGACUCACCAUUGCGUUCACAUUUUGUAAAGUCUCUUCAGAAACAACUAUGCAUCUAGUUGUGGGCGCGGGUGGCCGAGGCGUCUGAGGAGCCGCAAUGCGUUGUGCAGAGUUGCGUUGCAUGGACGUGCCAGGACUCUAUGAUUGUGGGUUCAAAUACCGAUUCUCUCUGAUUAUGUUUCUUGGUUUGCCUGCACCAUAUCCAUGUUCGUAGGCUUCACCAAAAUGGUAAACCGUCUGAGAGGACAAAAUACAAAGUAUAAAUGAAAGAUUAUGUAUUACAUGUAUUUGGAUUAAAAGACCAAAACAAUAAGCCACUAAAUUCAGUUACUUUCACGGCAAAAUAAGGUCUCUCCGUACAAAAUAGAAAACGAGUCGCGUCAAGAGAAAUUUUCAAAUAUUAUUAUUGUGAAACAAACACUGACAUUUUGAAAUUUCAGCCAAACCGACCUUUAUGUGAAGAUUUGAAAAAAUAGUAGUCAUAUUGAAAGUCUGCAUUUACAGGUGAAAUGUUGAACUAUUUGUACGCGAGAGGUAUGAUACUUUUCUAACAACUAUUCCCAAUAUGUGUCACUUAAUGCUGAUGUAAAAUGAUUUUCCAAACAUAACAUGAAUUCAAACUGAAUAUUUGUUCUUUCUGGAAAUGUGCGAAAGCAGAUUUAGAUUUUUUUUCACCUUUUACCUUAUUGUUCACCUUGAAAAUAACAUCUUAUAACAUCACAAUUCUACUGAGUUUACGUCCCAAUAUACAUGACUAAAUCAUAGUUUAGUUAUUACAAAGAGACAUUUCUUGUUAUCUAGCGCGAAGGGUACCACACUGUCAAUACAUGUUUUUGUUAAAAGUAUCAUAGUCACAAGGACAAGGAUACACAAUUAAAUAUAUUUUUUAUAUCAAAUGUCUUACCUGAUGAUCAUAUUGGAUAGUGAUUCAUCCACACUGAUGAACCGUGCACUGAACUGUUUUUAGUAGAUAUUUCUUUUGUCGUUUUUAUUAUUUUAUAUCCUUUCUAUGUGCCUUUGCUUCUGCUGGAAAUAAAACGUUUUUUUAAAAAACAAC